AUGAGUGACGUGGCUCUCCCACCAGCAUACAAGGUUUCUUCUCCAGAUGACUCUACAGUUACUGUAGGCAAUGUGGACAAAUCACUCCCGAAGUACAAUGUACCGUCGACCUUCUCUAUCGGAAACGCGGUCACAGAACCACUUGUUGGUCUUCGGGAGAUCAAGGGACAUUUAAUUAUCUUGGGUGCUUUUGCCGAGCUAAAGAAGAAAGUCGAAAGUGUAGACACGAGCAACGCGUUAUACUCUCCUGUCAAUGAAGACCAAAAAUGGGCAUGGUUUGUCGGUUUAGCUGUAGAACGGUUCGACGUAUGGUGCAGAGCGCUUACUAGGGACACAGAGAAAGACGUGAAACCUGUCGUCCUGCCGCCUUUGGAUGUUAUCAUGGUUUGGCAUUCAUAUAUGCUCAAUCCGCGAUGGUACGCGGAGGAUUGCAUGAGAAUUGAUGCCUGCAAGAAUUUGAAGAGCAUGGAACCAGCGUUCUGUGAACUUCUGCUCGACCCUUCUCCGAUACUCUCAGAAGCACCUUCUAAGAGUCGACUUGACAACUGGAAAUAUUUGACAGGAUUAGGAUUCAACCUGUUGGACGAAAUGGCUAACAUGAAAACGAAAUCAAUCCUGUGCCCUAUGUGUAACACGGCUCUCGAUGUUGACUACAUUAACAAAGAGGGCACAGGGUAUCUUCAACAGAAGUUCAGCGCCGUUUGUGUCAAAGAUGGAUGUUCAUUUGGAGAAAUAAAUAAAGAGAAACUGGCCCUUGGAAAACUUGCACGAGACCUUGCGAUGAAGACUUCGGAUGCUCCUGGAGACCACCUGCCGGGAACGUUCUUUACAGCCUCGUCUGCUGACGUGAAAAAAGGUCAAAAAAUAAAGAAAAUAUUACAUUGGGAAAUAGUGCAUGCGUCCAAUAAAACUCCAGCCGAGGCCAACUAUACGUACGGGAGUCACGAUCUCUACCUUGCAAUAAUGUCAUUUUCGAAAUACUCUCUUUCCCCCAUGAGAGAGCAAAUGGGACUCCCAUAUCAACCUCGUCUGGUUAGUAGGAUAAUGAGCGCUUAUAACGAUGAGAAAAUCUACUCGGUGGAGCUUGUUGGUGCAGUUCUUCGUCAAGGCUCCUUUGUCAAUAAAAUGCACGGCCUUGGAUGGACAAAAUCCGGAUUUUUUGACGAGCCAGGCGACGAACUCGUUCUCCAGCAUGGGCUUGCUAGAUAUCAUGCUUUUCUGGAUCUCAUGUCAUCGUCUCCUGUCUCGUUCUUUGUACCGACGUUGGACAUUGAUCUCAUUUGGCAUACGCAUCAACUUCAGCCUGAGAAAUAUGAGAAAGAUGGCAAACAGUACCUGGCAAAAUUUAUUGAUCACGACGAUAAAGUAGAAGGAAUACGGUUGUCUUCGGCUUUUGAUAUCACCUGCCGUGCCUGGAAAGAACGGUUUAACGUCACAUAUACGCACUGUGGAUGCCCAGUUCCGGGAGAUACGAUAGGAAAGCGUUUAUCACGCAUGAUCGGGAUGUAUUCACAACCUACGACGACUCCACACUCUCACCUUUUCCCGAUUACUCGCCUGGAUGUCCUCGCGGCUACGCAUCCAAGUGAUCAUAACACCGUUCGUUUCAUAGCGAAAAACAAACGGGAGCACAAAGUUGCGUUGCGGAAGUACGAAAGCCUCAAAAAGAAAAAAGAGAAGGAGCACAAACUUCAGAGUGUAAAGAACGAGUCAUCCGAUAUCCCUACCGCGAACAGGCGAGAUGAGAAGGCCAUCUCAGACGAUUCUGUCGAUGGCGAGUCUAAAUUUCGAAAUUAUGCAGCUCAUGAUAUGAUUCCCUUCUUGGUACCUGUACCGAUGUUCUAUUUUGGAGGUGAGUUGCCUAGUGGUGAGGCAUGUGUUGCCACCGGAGGACUCGCAGGGUUUAUUGCGGGAGGGGGUGCGGAGGUGGUGGCGGGGGUGAUUGUGGUGGAGGGGGAUGUGGCGGAGGCGGAGGAUGUGGAGGAGGAUGCGGAGGGGGUUGAAAAGAAGCUGGGCGUGUUCUCGCUCGUUCAGGAUUGCAUGAAGUUGCUCAUUAAUUAA